CUCAUUCUUCUUUCAUUUGCUUCCAAGCCAUGGCUAGAGAUGAGAAUUGUUUUUGCGACGAUUAUUUUCUACUCAACCCGAAAGAAGCAGGUUUCUUUGAUCUUUUUCGCCUACUUUGUUCCUCUCAAUUGGGAAAUAGAAGAUUCAUUGACUUUCCAGGACAACAACAACAUCAAAAUUUUCGCUAUAGAUGGAUCACCUUCAUCUCCGUUCUUGUUCAGAAACUCCUCAUGUUAGGGACAAAACCGAUGGCACUGGUGGGGAAUGUGAUCGAGAUGUGGCUAAAUCUUUUAUCAAGCAACAGCGGUCUUGUCGGUCUCCUACGAAAUACUGUAACAAGUUUAGUCUGCUUCCCUUGUAUUAUCAUUUUUUCUCUUGCAUUUGAAAACACAAAAUAGCUGCCUUUGAUAGAAUUUGACCCUAGUUUUGAUUUAGGACUAUACCCACCUUGGUUUGCAUGAAAACUCAUAUUGUUGCAUGAAGAUCAAUUGUUUUGUCACUAAAAAGGUUCAAAGGACAAAAACUCAGAGAUGAGCUUUUUCAUUGUGCAGUGAAAUUAGUGUGGCCUCAUAAAUCAUCGGCGACGUUCGCAUCGUUGCUAGCAUAUAUCGACACUCGGAUUGAUUUAGACAACAACAUUAAACCUGGUGACAACAAAUAUAAAGCGUCCCUGGCUAUGAUGGCUGCGAAAAUAUCGUACGAGAAUGAAGCCUUCAUUAAAACCAAAGUCAUAGAACAUUGGAAGGUAUGUUUUUUGCAACAAAUGUUAAA